AAAUUACUACACGCAGAGCUAGACACACACUUAUAUCAACUGAUCUUCUCCCAAAGCCUGAGAAUAAAGAAAAACCUCCAUCUUUUUACAUAUAUAGAUAAUCAUCAAAGAAGAUGAAGAUGAUGAAGGUGAUGAUGUUGAUCGUGAUGAUGAUGAUGGUGAUGGUGAUGGUGAGUGAAGGAAGUAUAAUAGAGCCAACAUGUAAAGAGACACCAGACUUCAAUCUUUGUGUGUCUCUCCUUAACUCCGAUCCACGUGGUUCCUCUGCCGACACUUCUGGCCUCGCUCUCAUCCUCAUUGAUAAAAUCAAGGGCCUGGCAACAAAAACUUUGAACGAGAUCAACGGUCUAUAUAAGAAGAGACCAGAACUAAAACGGGCUUUGGAUGAAUGUAGUCGAAGAUACAAAACGAUCUUAAACGCUGAUGUUCCCGAAGCCAUUGAAGCUAUCUCUAAAGGAGUCCCCAAAUUCGGCGAAGACGGUGUGAUCGACGCCGGUGUCGAAGCUUCUGUUUGUCAAGGAGGGUUUAAUGGGAGUUCUCCGUUGACUAGUUUGACUAAAUCAAUGCAAAAAAUCUCUAAUGUGACUAGAGCCAUUUUUUAUAGUAAUUCCAUCGUCAAAGAAGAAGCUUGUGGAUCUUCGUGGCCUUCUCUGGCGUUAAAUAUAGAUUCGAAGGCUUGUGUUGUUUCAUUGCAAAACAUUCAAUUCAAUAGAGGAAGAACUUGUUGGUAAUUUAUGGCAAUGAGAAGUGCUCCUCGGGAUUCGAUAAGCAGUUUGCCAGAUGAGAUACUUGGCAAAAUCCUGUCUUUGAUUCCGACAAGUGGCUGCUUCGACAUCGGUUCUGUCCAAGAGGUGGAAGAAUCUGCUAUGUCUUGUAGACAACCUUUGUUUUGAUGAGUCGAUGGUUGUUUAUCCCAACGAUGAAGAAGCAAGACGCGGUUCACAUCGCUUCCUUGAGUUCGUAGACAAGACACUUGCUUUGCUAAGCAAUUCUCACAUGAAGAAGUUCUCUCUGUCUCGUCUGUAUAAAUAUGUCAAUUUCCCUGAGGCAUACGAUCAUGGGAACCGUUGUCUCAGCCGGUUGAUUUGUACUGCAUUGGAACGCGGUUUACUGGAACUACACUUGCACGCCAACCCCCGCUCUAGUGUUAAUAUAGAGACAGAGUUGUUAACUAGCAAGACACUGGUUAAGCUCACACUAUCAGGCGCAUAUUCUCUUGAAGUCGAGCGUAUGUUUUUCCCUGAGCUCAAAUCACUUUCUCUAUUAUCAGUUUCAGGGCUUGAUCAUCCCAAAUAUUGUCGGUGUAAGGAACAAACACCAAACAUGCCCAAUAACAAAUAAGGAAUCAGGCCCAACAAAGUCCAGUCAACAGAAGAGUCAACAGAAGGAGACAAAAGAUCCUCCAGCUCAAAAACAGAGCAUCAAACGUACAGAGGAGGAGCGUCGAUCCUUUGAUGAUGACUCACCAGCUACACUAGCUUAUUCUAGAUUGUUCCAAAUUUGUCUAUAUAAAGGAAAUGUAAAACCC